GGCUGUGCAGAUGCAUGUGUAAAAAUCAUGUGGCAUCUUGUGGCAAUGUUAUGAACAUGUGUUCAUGUAUCAGAUGAGAGGAGAAAAAAGGACAUGCAGACUAGCCUGCACUUCUGCUGUCUAAGUCUCAAGUCUACGGACUGUGACCAAAUUCAAUUCCUUCGACUGUGGCAGCACUGUGGCCGUGGCAGCAUGACAGACUCCGAGUACUCAUUCUCCUUGACAACUUUUGCCCCGUCCGGCAAACUCUUGCAGAUUGAGUAUGCCCUCAAUCGUGUUGCAGAAGGUCGUCCUGCACUUGGCAUCAAAGCAAAGAACGGCGUUGUGCUAGCCACAGAAAAGAAGGUUACAAGCCCACUCGUUGAUGAGAAGACCUUGUCAAAGGUCGAGAACCUCUCUGAGAGUGUGGGGAUGGUCUAUGCAGGAAUGCCAGCCGACUACAGAGUGUUGCUUCGCAGAGGUCGCAAGGUGGCCCAACAAUACUACACUACGUACCGUGAGCUCAUUCCGGUUUCCCAGAUUGUUCGUGAAGAGGCUGCCAUCAUGCAAGAGUUCACACAGUCCGGUGGAGUGCGACCCUUUGGCGUUUCUUUGAUGAUUGCAGGCUUCGAUGACAGUGGCCCCCAGCUCUUCCAGGUGGAUCCAUCAGGCACAUACUUUGGAUGGAAAGCCUCAGCAAUCGGGAAGAAUCAUGUGAAUGCAAAGUCCUUUUUGGAGAAGCGAUACAGUGAAGACAUUGAGCUUGAAGAUGCAAUCCACACAGCAAUUCUAACAUUGAAGGAGGGCUUUGAGGAAGCAAUCACUGCUGACAACAUCGAGAUCGGCAUUGUUGGAGCGGAUAGGAAGUUCCGGGUCUUGACACCUGCUGAGGUGCAAGAUUACCUUGGAGAGGUGGAGUAGACAGGAUCCCGGAGUGAUUCGAUGUGUGCAGUGCGGUGUCUAGUUUCAGACAGGAUUUAGGCAUGUCGUGAACACAGCAGGAGUGGCAUUUGUGGCAUAUGAAGGCUUUGCGCACCAUAUUGAGAUAUCUUGAGAGGCAAGGAUAGAAACGAAUAGAAACCACUGAAAAUGACGCGGCCUCAAGCCUUCUCAGGGAAAAAAA